GUUUGGUAAUUUGGUAAUGAAAUAAAACACUUUAACAGGCGUGAAACCACAAGCAAACGAACAGAUAAUCCUAAAACAAAAAAAGUCUAACAGUAAGCACAUUAAGCAUAACCUCAUUACUCAGUAAUUACUUUUUUUUGCAUCAAUAAUACAAUAAUGAUUUUUAUUAACUGGAGCACUUUGGAAGAAGCUCUCGGCUCCUGAAGGUUAGAAGGACACGCCCUCAACUUUGGAAACGGUGCAGUGGGUGCGCGUGUUGCCCUCAGCAGCUCACAUCACCGGGGAGAGACGAAGCGGAGAGACCGUCGGUCGGAACUUGGAUGUGUGUUUCUCUCUUUUUACGUUCGUUACUCUCUGGCGAACCGGUAAUCGGGUGGACAGCAACUCCGCUGUAUUCAGCUCCCUGCGGUGCGGAGACUCAGGGGAAUCCACCUGGCGGAGAGCGAACACACCUCGUGAUGGAUGCCCUGAAAUCAGCCGGCAGAGCGAUUAUCAAGAGCCCCGGCGUCCCGCGGCACACAUGGGGAACUUCUAAGCACGAAAAGUUACCGGAGAACUGGACAGACACAAAGGAGACCCUGCUGGAGGGGAUGAUGUUCAAUGUCAAGUACCUGGGUAUGACCAUGGUGGGCCAGCCUAAAGGAGAGGACAUGGCCUCCGCCGCUAUUCGCAGAAUUGUUGCCAUGGCCAGAGCAGGUGCUAAGAAGUUUCGAAAAGUAACGCUGACAGUGUCACCCAAAGGCAUCAUCAUCACAGACACAGAGACUGCGGACCUCAUAGAAAAUGUCUCCAUAUACAGAAUCUCCUACUGCACAGCAGAUAAAACUCAGGAUAAGGUCUUUGCAUAUGUUUCUCAGAGUCAGUUCAAUGAGACUCUUGAGUGUCAUGCGUUUCUCUGCCAAAAAAGGAAAAUUGCUCAGGCUGUGACAUUAACAGUAGCACAGGCCUUUAAAAUAGCCCUGGAUCUUUGGGAGAUAGCUCAGGAAGACAAAAGCAAGAAGGCCAGGACCUGCUGUUCCCGUGCAGCCAGUGACAGGGGGCAGAUGGAGUCAGCAGAGACACAGUGUGUUCCAGCAACCUCUCAUCCACACCUGUCAUCCCCGACACAUUCAGUGCCACAUAAGCCCAUCGGGAUGGAGGAAAGGCUCCAGAGGCCCUUCUUCUCUGCCUCUCUCAGCUCACCGUCACCUCGCAGUAACCCCACUCGAAGGCGACCAAUCAAACAUGACUCAUGGGAUGUGGAGGAUGGGCUAGAUGAUCCGUUUUCAAGCAACAUGGAAGUAGAGGAGGCAGACGCAGACUGGCCGAGUCCCGCGCCGAACACAUCUCUGACGAUGCAGCUCUGAGUCUCCUGGAGGUCUCCGAAUCUGUUGCAUAUCUGCAGAAAUGACUUUUAAUAACACACACUGGUGAUAGCUGCCCAUCAUACAGCAUUACAGAAAUGAGACAGGAAGCAUGCUCCAACCUGUGAGACAGACAGAACAACAAGCUUCACUUGAUCUGACAGAAUAUUACAUCCUGCACAAACUGAUUCAGUUUGAUCUUCUGCAGAGAAGCCAAAAUGAACAGUUAUUAAAAUGCUCUUCCUGUGAAUGCCUGCCAGUCAGCAUGCACUCCACUUAGUGUAAAGUCAUUGUUGAGCCAUACCCAGAUUUUUUUAAACCUGCCAGAUGAUAUAUUGUGCACACAGUGUGCAAAAUGGCACAUCAAGGUGAGUUAAGAAAAAACAUCUUUAGACAAUGAAAUUCCCACAGAGGAUCGCAGGAUAAAUACCAAAUUUAAAAGGAUUCUUCUUCCUUUAAUUACACUUUGUGAAGUGUUUCACACAUGGAUUCCACUUGCAAGUUAUAAUAAAUAUGGCACAAAGAUGUAUUUGUAUCACAGUCCAAAGAUGUGAGCACUCUCAUCUUUCUGAAAAUGUAAAAGCUCUCUGAUCUUGUUUGCUUGGCUGCCAGUCUCACUGGAAGAAGUCCAGUGUUUGAAUCGUCAUCAGGCGCUGGUGUAUUUUCUGAGUAAGUUGUACAGCACAUAUGUCGUCCAGUCUGACGUUGAUCGAACCAUUUUGGCAUAUAGUUAAUAGACACAGAGACAAACAAACUCACUCCUGUGUGAUCUUUUUACAUAAUUAUGAAAACAUGACCAGGACUGCAAUUACUCAAAAACAAAUGGGUCUCAAGGAGGCAUAUAUGUAACACUAACACAAUGUAGUGUUUAUAGAAAUGAAAAAGAAAGUACACCCUCUCUCAAUCAUAUAGUUUCAUGGAUCAUAGUAUGAUAAAAACGUGCUUCUUUCCCUGUUUCAAAUAUUAAGUGAAUGCACCCUCCAAUGAGCCAAAUCACACGAUAUAACACAUUAUGUGAUUAUCUGGCUGAAACUGAAACACUUAGGGACAAACUUAGUACAUCUCACAAUUCAAAAGUAGAACCAUUUUUAUCUGUGAUUGCUGGAAGUAAUAGUGUUCUGUAUGACAUUAUCAGUCCCUCACAUUAUUGAAGUUUGUGGGCACCAGUUUAUGACUCUGACUCCAGAAUAUUUGAUUCACAGAAGGGUUCAUGAUAGACUGCAAGGUGUCAAUGUCCUGUGGCUGCAAAACAAGCCCAAAUCAGCCCUCCACCACGGUGCUUGACAGCUGAUAUGAGGUGUGUGUGCUGAUGUGCUGUUUAUGGUUUUACCCAUAUAUACCCAUACCUGUAAGGUUAAACAAAACAAUUUUGAUCUUGUUUGUCAUUUAUCUUUGCAACCCUGAGCUGUGCUGACAUGUUUUACUCAUAGACUUUUUCUAAUUAUACUGUCA